CCCUGAGAUGGCCAGGUCACAGAAGCAGUGGGUCAGAAGCCAGAGGGGAAGUGGGGAGUGCCACCCUGGAGCCUACAGGCACACCUGCUGAGAUGGAGGCCUCAGAUGGGCAAGGGAGCGAAGGGGACAAGCCACUAGAGAAGGUGACGAAUGUGUCAUGCCUGAAGACAAGCUCCAGCGCCAGCCCUGCUAGAGACUCGCUCAUGCGCCAUGCCAAGGGCCUGGAUCAGGACACCUUCAAAAUUUGUAAAGAAUACCUAAGACCGCUGAAGAAGUUCCUGCGAAAGUUGCACCUUCCCAGGGACGUUCCCCAGAAGAAGAAGCUGAAGUACAUGAAGCAGAGCCUUGUGGUCCUAGGGGACCACAUCAACACCUUUCUGCAGCAUUACUGCCGAGACUGGGAAAUCAAACACUGGAGAAAGAUGCUCUGGCGGUUUGUCUCCCUCUUCUCAGAGCUGGAAGCAAAGCAGCUUUGCCGACUUUACAAGUACACCAAGAGCAACCAGCCGGCCAAGUUCCUGGUGACAUUCUGCGCCUCGGAUGCGCUGGAGAGACCCUUGCUGGCUCACCAGGAAGACAGUCUGCCCAAACUCUGCGAUGCCUGGGGGCUGCACAGCAACAUCAGCGGCGUGAAGGAGCGGCUGUCCAAGAUGCAGGCCCCGGGUCAAGGAAGCCCCCUGCCUGGGGAGCCAAGAUCCCGGGACCAUGUCAAGAGAGAUUCUUUAAGGGAGCUUUCUCAAAAACCAAAACUCAAGAGAAAGAGGAUAAAGGAAGCCCCAGAAACUCCAGAGACUGACCCAUAAGAAGACCAGCUGGGACAAAGGGCCAGCUUGUCCUGGCUCCCAGAGCGUGGGGAAUGGAGACCAAAAAGGGAAAACAAUUGUCCUUAUCAAAAGGAUUCUCAGGUCUUAAUUAGGAAUAAAUGAGGUGGGAAAUAAACAUUCUUAUGACAGUUCUA